AUGGCAGAGUUUAAAAACUUAUCAGAUUUAACAACAAACCUUUCCCCCAAACAAGAUUUUAUUAGUUGCUUUGAAAAACUUCGUUGGAAUGACAAAAUAAUCUCUCCUUUCGACCCUAACUCCAAGGCUACGCUGUGGGUUUUUUGUCCUAUUUUUGAAACUGCAUUGAAAAACAGUGUAGAAAUAGACAAAACCUUUAUCGGAGGGAAGAACAAGAAUAGACAUUGGGAUAAAAAGGUUCCUCACUCCCAAGUUAAUCAUAGUGCCAAAGAAUAUGUAAACGAAAAGGCUCAUACUAACUCUGUUGAAAACUUCUGGUCUCAUUUAAAAAGAGGUAUUUAUGGAACUUACCACUGGACAAGCAGAAAGCAUUUGCAUAGUUAUAUUGACGAGUUUACUUUGCAUUAUAAUACUAGGAAUAAAAAUAAAACAAUGGACAAGAAAAUACCCUGUGAUGCUUGUGGAUUUUACCUUGACGAAGUUUAUAUGCACAAGAACGAAAAUGGCAAAACAUACUGCACUAGUUGCGAAUUAUUGAUUAAUAGCAAUGAAGAUUUAGAUAAAAUUGAACCA